CUGCUUCAACGGGAGCAGCGGCAGAAGCAGGAGGAGAGACUUGUAGCAGAAGAUGGUGGCUCCUCUUGCUGCACCGUGGCAGGGCGCUCGCAAGUUCUGCUAAACUCAAGGAUCUGGAUGCUGUUCUAGGCAGAGACUCCGCUACGAUUGACACUUACGCCUCUCUACUGCGGCAAUGCGCUCAGACCAAGUCGAUCCUUCAAGGCAAACGGGUCCACGACCAUAUCGACAGAUCCGGAUACAAGGGACACACUUUCCUCGGGAAUUUGCUCGUGGAUAUGUACGGGAGCUGUGGAAACUGGGAGGCCGCCAGGGCUGUGUUCGAUGGCAUCAAGGAGCCCAACGUUUUCUCGUGGAAUCUGCUGAUCAAGGCUUAUGCCACGAAUGGGUUUCUGCGAGAGGCACGGCUUGCGUUUGAGGGAGCUCCGCAAAAGAAUGCAGUGACUUGGACUUCGCUGUUUGGGUGGUAUGCGAAGGGUGGGCUGCUCCAGGAAGCCAGCCGGAUGUUUGAGAAGAUGCCCGAGUGGGACUUCAUUUCGUGGACGAGCAUGUUUACGGCAUAUGCCCAGAGCUGGCAGCCUCAGGUGGCGAAAGGAAUGUUCGACAGAAUGCCUUCGAGGGACGCUGCGUGCUGGAACGCAAUGUUUACUGCGUGCGCGCAGAACGGAAGCCUGGUUAGAGCCAAGACUGUUUUCGAGAGGAUGCCGCAGUGGAAUGUCCAGUCCUGGAACGGAAUGAUCACAGCGUAUGCUCAAGACGGGGGGCCGCAGCAAAGCAAGAAUCCUUUCGAAGGUGGUGAUAUACUUUCGAAAAGCAGGCUUUUCUCCUGGUCGGAAAGAAGUCUACUUCGAGAUAACUCAACAGGGAUGACACAAGAGAAGGAUCAUUGCAGAGAAGCAAGGAGUUUGUUCGAUGGAAUACCGGAGAGGAAUGGAAUCUCGUGGGCUGCUAUGAUCGGAGCUUAUGCAAAGAAGGGGAAGCUUGUCGAGGCACAGGGUCUGUUUCAGAGAAUGCCCAGUCUCGACUUAGUAACCUGCACCACCAUGCUCGAAGCGUAUGCCCAACACGGCUAUACCAAGGAUUCAAAGGCACUUUUCGACAGAAUGCCCGAGCAUGACAUGGUGUCGAGAACAGCUAUGGUGCUUGGCUACGCUAUCAACGGAGAACUGCACGAAGCUCGGGAGUUGUUCGACAGCAUGCCGAGAAAGGACGUGAUCUCUUGGAAUGUGAUCAUCUCCGCAUACGCACACAAGGGACAGGACAGAGAAGCGCUGGAGCUGUUUUGGAGAAUGGAUGUCAAGCCAGACUGUAUAUCCUUUCUCGUGGUUCUCGACGUGUGCGCAAACUCCACGAUUCUGGAACAAGGAAAGCGUCUCCACGCCAGAGCGAUCAGUCACGGCUUGGAUUCAAAUGCUAAAGUUGCGACGGCGCUGAUCAACAUGUAUGGGAAGUGUGGACUGCUGGGAGUUGCUUUGGAGCUGUUUGAGAAACUCGAGGACAAAGAGGUGAUGGCUUGGACGGCGAUGGUCGCAGCUUAUGGCUACAAUGGACAGGGAAAGGCGGGCUUGAUGGUUUUCCACAGGAUGGUUAUGGAAGGCGUGGAGCCCGACGACAUACUCUACAUAUGCGUUCUCUGCUUAUGUGGCCACGCAGGGCUGUACAAGGAUGGACUCGAGGAGUACCUUUCACUUCAAGGUGACUUCGGUAUGGUUCCAACCAUGGAGCAUUUCGUCUGUGUAGCUGAUCUUUUGGGCCGAGCAGGACAUACUUCCCAGGCUCAGGAGCUGCUCGAGAGUAUGCCGUUUGAUGCCGAUGGAACGGCUUGGAAGCUGCUGCUUACGAACUGUAAGCUGCAUGGAGAUUUUGGUCGAGCCGAGAUCUUUGGUGAGAAGCUUUUGAAAGCCUCGCCGCAGGCCAGUGCAACGUAUGUGCUGCUGUCUCACCUCUACAGGGAGAGGAAUUUGAAGUCUUCAUCUUGAGAAGGCAGGCAUGUCCGUUUUUCUUCUCCCUUUUGCAUCCAGGACGAUGUCACGCGAACUUGGCUCGAGGCUUGCAACGUCAUCCCAUCUUCCAGCAGCAGCAAAGAUAUUGGACAGCAACACAAGAGCUGGAAUAGCAGCAGCUCCCUUGGAAUCCAGCUCCACCACCCUGUUGGCGA